AUGGCGAUUAAGAAACUACAAUCUUGCUGUUGCUUUGAUUUGAAAACGGGAGUGCUUGUUAUCUGUAUUUUGGGUAUUCUGAGUAAUAUUGGCGGUAUAAUUGAAGCACCUGUAGCUUACAGCCAAGCUUGUAAAGGCUGGAGAACAAUCGAUAAUGAUUUAAAUUGUGCGAGCGCAAGUUCAUUUUUGGGAGUGACAAUUAGUGGUUCCAUUGUUGGAUUGAUUUUGACUUCUCUUACACUCUAUGGAUCACAAAAAGAAAAAUAUCAAUUGAUGGUGCCAAUUCUUAUUCUUCAAGCAAUUGGACUAGGAAUUUUCUUUAUUGGUGCCUGCAUUGACUCAAUAAUGAACAAUAUUCAAGUUCAUAAAAUGGUGGUCAUUGUUCUACUAAUAAUUAUAUCUGUAACUCAUGCUAUGUUUAAUAAUGUCCCAAAAGUAAAUAUAGAAAAUGAAUAUCCCGACUUAGAUACUUGUAUUGAAAACGGCGAAUUGUGUGAUUUUGCAAAUCAUGAUACUUGUUGUAAUGAAACUUCAGUAUGUAGAUCCGUAAGAGCGGACAACUUCGAAACAGUAUCAGUGUGUAAAACUCCAGCGACGAUAGAAGAGUUUUGUCAGCAUGACACAGACUGUCUACGUCUGGACUAUGCUUAUUGUAGUAAGGAAUUCCAGCGAUGUGAAUGUUUACUUAAUUAUGGUAAAGUAAAGAAUAUUCCGAGGUGUGUAUCACUUUUAGGUGGGCAUUGCUACGAUGAGAGGGAUUGUUUUGUUGAUAAUUCUAUAUGCAUUGAUCACAAAUGUCAAUGCGAUGCUCAAUUUAUAAUGAAAUCAAAUAGAGAAUGUUGGCCAAGUUCAAUAGGAAAGUCAUGUAAAAGAGAUCUGGACUGUAGCGAUGUUCUGCAUGUUGGCUGCUCGGUUAGUAAAAAAUGUGUGUGUAAAGAUAAUCAUAUUCUGGUUGAUAAUUCAAUGUGUGUACCACUUUUGGAUGAAUUUUGCUGGACUGAUGAGCUAUGCGCACCAAUUAAUUCAGUUUGUUUCAAUAAUAAAUGCAAAUGUAAACCUAAUUAUAUUGCAGUGGCUAAUACUCAUUGCUUUGAAUAUUAUAUAGGUAGAUCAUGUGAGAGCAAUCAAGAUUGUAAAAAUAUAUUGCACUCAGUAUGCUCUGAACAUGGAGUAUGUAUUUGUGAUGAUAACUAUGCUGUCGUCAACCGAGACAAAUGUGUACCGUUGAUUGACGGAGCCUGUUCAAGUAAUAAAGAAUGCCGAAUCGAAAAUUCUGUUUGUGUUGAUAAUAAAUGUCAAUGCAUUACUAAUUACUCAUCUCUCAAUAAUAAUAAAUCAUUAAUAGGAGAUUAUUGUCGCUAUGAUACAGACUGUCUAACGCUAGAUUACGCAACGUGUAAUACUGAUUAUCAAGAAUGUGAUUAUAUACCUAGUUAUGGUGCAUUGACAAAUAAGUCCAAGUGUGUACCGCUGGUCGGAGGAUAUUGUGAUGAAUACAGGCACUGUAUGGUUGAUAAUUCUAUCUGUAUUGAUAAUAAAUGCGAAUGCAGAGAUCCAUUCAUUACGAAAUCUAACACGGAAUGCUUGCUAACUUCAAUAGGAAAGCCAUGUAAAAGAGAUAUUGACGCACCAAAUAAUUCGGUUUGUUUAAAUAAUAAAUGCAAAUGUAAACCUGAUUAUACAGCAAUGACUAAUACUGAUUGCUUUAAACGAACUUUGUGUAUAAUUGUGCCUCAUGUCUACACUUAUCAAUAUUCACUGAUAAAUGAUAAAGAUAAUAACCGAAAAAAUAGUUGCAUUCAUUAUGGUGAACAGUGUCAUUUUGGAGAUCGCAUUUCGUGUUGUAACAAAAGUAACAUAUGCAGAAAUGUAAAUUGGAAACCUGGACAAUCACUAUCCGUAUGUCUGACCCCAGCAUUAAUAGAAGACUACUGUCGGUAUGAUAUAGACUGUAUGAGACUUGACUAUGCAAUUUGUAGUGUUGAUUUCCAAAAAUGUAAAUGCUUACCUAAUUAUGGCGUGUUAAAAAAUAAUCAAAGGUGUGUAGCGCUCAUAGGAGGAUAUUGCGAUCAUUACAAGCAAUGUAUGGUGGAGAAUUCUAUAUGCAUUAAUAAUAAAUGUCAAUGCAAAGAAUCAUACGUAAUGAGAACGAAUAGAGAAUGUGCUCUAACUUCAAUGGGAGAAUCAUGUAAAAGAGAUAUUGAUUGUAGUGAUAUUCUGCAUGUUGGCUGCUCCGUGGAGAAAAAAUGUGUGUGUAAAGAUAAUCAUAUUCAGGUAAAUAAUUCGAGAUGCGUACCACUUUUGGGCGAAUUUUGUUGGACCAAUGAACGAUGCGCGACUGACAAUUCUUGUGUUUAUACGGAUGAUAAUCCAUGUUGUAACAAAAGUACCAUAUGCAGGAAUAUAAAAAGAGGAUAUGAAGAAAAUGUAUCUGUUUGCUUAAGUCCAGCAUUAUACAGAGAUUAUUGUCAAUAUGAUACUGAUUGUUUGAGGCUGGAUUUUGCAAAAUGUAAUACGAAAUACAAUGAAUGUGAAUGUUUACCUAAUUAUUGGGCUUCAGCCAAUCAUCGAAGAUGUGUGCCGCUAAUAGGAGGAUAUUGCGUUCAUAAACAGGACUGUUUGGUUGAUAAUUCCAUUUGUAUUGGUAAUAAGUGUCAAUGCAAGGAAUCAUUUGUAAUGAAAUCAAAUAAACUAUGUGCGCUAACUUCGAUAGGAAAAUCAUGUAAAAAAGAUAUUGACUGCAGUGAUAUUUUGCAUAUUGGCUGCUCGGUUAGUAAAAAAUGUGUGUGUAAAAAUAAUCAUAUUCUGGUUGAUAAUUCAAUGUGUGUACCACUUUUGGAUGAAUUUUGCUGGACUGAUGAGCUAUGCGCACCAAAUAAUUCGAUUUGUUUCAAUAAUAAAUGCAAAUGUAAACCUAAUUAUAUUGCAGUGGCUAAUACUCAUUGCUAUGAACUCGUCAUGGCAAUCGUUACUACGGAGUCUGUUUCCAUAGCACCGUUUGUGAUGGAGACUGUUGUCAUGACGACAGUUACUAUGGGGAUGAUUAGUCAUGUUAGUGGGUAA